AUGGUGAGACUCAUUAGCAAACGCCUCGUGUACCUUGCGACACCUCUCGGAGCGGCAGCAUAUGGUAUCCACCGAAGUCUGUCAUACUUGGAAGACAACUAUCCCAAUCUUCCGGCCUCCAGGUACGCCAGCGUUGCUCUCCAAUCUCCACGGCACCCGGAUACCCAACGCUGUGCAUACACCGAUAUCUUUGCUGCGCGGAUCCCACUCGCAGCCUUACAGGAGCGAGCAUGCUCACAGACUCAAGACAACCGACUCGCACUCGAAGAAGCAUGGGCUCGGGCCGUGCUGAAUAGUCGCAUUCUGCGCUCAGAAGGUGCUUUGCUCGGCCUUUGGACACGAGGAAAACUCGACCCGGGAGACACCGGUGAGAAUGGGUUUUAUCAAGAUUGCGAGGAGAAACCACAGCGCUUACUGAAUGGGGUUGCCUACACGCAACGCAUCCCCGGGGCGAAUGCUGAUAGUCGUGGAUUACUGAUCGCGUGGGAGAUGGCAGAGCCGCCGCGGGCCUUUUUUGAGAACCUCGCUCGAUGGGGAUACCCCUGGCGCUUGAUGUCGGGUGGUAGACACGAGAUGAGUGUGUCGGAUAUGUAUGAGGUUCCGGGACAGGGACAGUUUGUGGACGUGCGAUUCUCAGGGGCUCAUGACUAUGAGAUGGUUGCGAUCGAACGCGAAAAGCAAAAGGUGAUUCCGGCGUGGGUGAUGCGAUUGCAUGCAGGAUAUGCGCGGUUGAUUCUCGACCAGGCGGUGCGAGAGGUGAUGCAUGCACACACCCUGACAGGAGGAAGCCAAAUGAUAAAUCAACCGCAAGAUGAGCUUUAG